UAGAGUCAUGCUUCAUCCUCCGCGAUCGGUAGCCACCUUGCCGCGGUGCGGAGGCUUAGUUGCGCGAAUGCAUAGAUGUUACAGUUGGAUCAGUCAUCGCGCACAAACUAAGAGCUACCGCCCCUUAACCCAGGGUGUCAAGCGUCACCGUGCCUAUUGGGUAUGUUUUGCAGCCAAGGGGUUAAAAGUAGGCUGUAUUCGAACGGCGCCUCUCGGAUACCUGUCCGCCUUCGGGAGUAACUGUGGACUUCCCUCGGCAAGGGGCUCUGUCUUGGGUGACCUAAUUGUCCCCAUUUUUAACAAAUAGACCGACGAAACGCCCCGCCGGAGUAGAAGGUCGUACGAAAAAGAUGAAAUAUGAAUCGUAAAAACUAUGCCUCGGAUAACCAAAAAAGUAUAAUAGAAAUUGAUUUAUGCAAUGACUCAAGUGAUGAAAGUAACUCGGACAAUUGGACGUAUAACAGAGAACGUCACCACGUUAGAUCAUCACAACAAUUUUUUGCACAAAGCAGUAAUCGCACCACUGCAAGGUUUGAGGAACGUCCUUUGACUCCUCCUCCACCUGUUAUCUCAUUUCCAGCAGAUGUUUCACAAGUUAAAAACCGCCCUCCAAAAGUUGAAAGACCAAGACAAAUAUUAUUAAUGGACAAUCCGCCACCUCCGCCAAUUUUUUCAUUUGAGCCCGACAGUCUUGCAGAUAGAUUUCGAGAAAAUGAUACCCAAAAUGUUGAAAAUGAUAACUUUUUUUCUGAACGGGGGCAACCGAAAUCAAUAAUUUGUCCACCGUCUACGUCGCCGCCCUCCUUCUCAUUCAACCGCAAUACUUUGGAAAAUGUUAAAUCUUCUUGGAAAAGCAAACAAAAAGCGAACGCUUUAGAUUCUUCAAAUACGAUGGAAUCGAACUUAACUUUGACUAUAGUCGAUGAAGGUCCCAAUCGCCGACGUUUAGGCCAAAAAAAUUGGUUGGAAGUUGAAAGCGCACUUUGCAAGGUUUACCUGGAUAUAAUGCAUGAGAAUCCUGGCCCGCCUCCAGUCUGUCGCGUUGUUGGUAUGUUUUUAGGUUGUGCAAAGGUUAUUGGUUGUGCCGAUGAAAGAUCGCAAAGACUUUACAAGUUAGCAAUAAGUCGGUUGGGUGCAGUAUGGCCAGGGGCCAAACUAAGGAUUGUCAAUCGAAAUGAGAUUUCCACAUCCGCUUUAAGGUUGCGAUGCACAACUUUUCUGCCGGCCGAGCCCUCAUCUUCCCAAGCAAUUUUGGACUGCAUUCAAAAGUUUAAUCCAAAUUUGCGAACAAACAAAUGGAGCAUAAUAAAUGUCGGUGCACCUAGUCGUAUAAAUAAGGAACGGCAUGUCGUAAUGAGUGUCGACAUUGAAUCGUUGCCAGUUAUUGAGCGACGUGGUGGAAUUUUCAGCUUUGGUUCUAGGCCAAUUAAAGUGACGGUUAAUAAGCGCGAUAUUCGACGAAUGCAGCUAAUUCAAGAAAACGAUAGAAACUUUGUAUCCAAGGUUUCCACAAGCAGAAAACAACGCUGGUCAGAAGUAGAAGCUGAUGAAGAGAAUGAGGUUGAUGAUGAUGAUUCCGAAACGGAUUCAGAAGAUGAAGACUACGAGUAACUGGGGAUAAUUUCUUCAAGUAUCGUUUACUCUCAAGCUAAGGAAAAUUUAACCAAUUUUAGGAGUAAAUGGAAUGGGUAAAUUAUGGGAAAAUUAUGUAGUUUUAAUAUGCUAUUAAAUAAAAAUGCAUGUAAAUU